AUGUACUCGUCCGCUCUCUUCAUUGUCUUCUCCACACUCGCUUUUGGUGUUCGAACACACGCUGAGAGCGACGCUUCAAGUCCAAUAAAUCCAUGUCCUGUUCGAUGUAGCAAGUCUGGAUUGGAUCCUCUGAAGUGGACGUAUCUUCAUGGUGUCGUCGCACUCAAUCGAUGCGAAAAGCCCCUGCUUUUCAGCACUAUGCUGGACAUUCCCGUCAACUCUCCAGACAAGCACAUUACUAUUCGUGCCUGUACAUAUUCCGAGGAUGACACAAAACAGGCACCCGACUAUGAUCCCGUGCCGUUCACCUUUGGUACACCGAAGAAGAGGUCCGAAAGGUUGCAGUCUCCAGGCUGUCCGUCAAACAUGGGUCCGAAGUCUAAUCAGACUUCGAUUUACUACCAUGAAUGGCACACGAACCCGACCGGAACGGACAGCACCGCUAGUGAUGAAGAUGCCGCUGCGGCCCUUGGAACGCUGAGAAGCUACAUCACUAAGACCGGUGACUGUAGACACAUUACAAUGUUCGCUAAGGUCGGAUCAGCUACUGUGGGAGCUUUUGUUGGUCACGCGGUCGAUCGAGAGGGCCUCAGCCCCGUAGUUGAGCGCCUCAGUUCCGCAAUACAGUCCAGUCGAAGUGGCGAAACCAAUCGCUUCACCAUACAGAACUACAAGGAAACACACUCAUCUUCCUUGGGUUUUGGCAUCGUUGCGGACCUUCAGAACAAUAUCACCGCAGCGCAGGAAGCAGUUUUUAGCUGGAGUCAGGGUAGAAGCCCCUCUGGUGCUGAUACAACUUCUGGCUGGUCAGGUUUCGACAUCAAAUACUGGCUGGUCAAAAGUAUGAACAGCUCUUCAAAUGCGAUGGCGAAUAACUCCACGAAUCAUUCUUCCAAUGUUACCUCGUCUCUCAACUUGCAUCGAAGGGCUACUUGUGGUUAUCAAGAGGUAUUCAGCGGUGACGAUUGCUAUGCAUUAGCAGAACGAUGUGGUAUCAGCUUGACGAAGUUCUACAACUUCAACCCUGGAGAAGACUUCUGCAACAAGCUCAAACCUAAACAGUUUGUCUGCUGUUCGGCUGGCGACCUGCCUGAUUUCCGCCCAAAGAAGAAUGCUGAUGGCUCGUGUUUCUCGUACGACAUCAAGGAUGGUGACGGUUGUUGGGCCCUCGCCGACGCGAAUUAUCUCACCACGAAGGGCAUAGAGGAUCUCAACAAGAACACGUGGGGCUUUGCUGGCUGCGACAACCUUCAGCCUGGCCAGAAGAUAUGCCUUUCCGAUGGCGAACCUCCAAUGCCAAAUUCCAUCGAAAAUGCCGUCUGUGGGCCGCAAAAGCCAAAUGGAGAAGUUCGGGGCAACAAGAAGCUUGCCGAUAUGAACCCAUGCCCCCUGAAUGUCUGCUGUAACGUCUGGGGCCAGUGUGGAAUGGACAAGGACUUCUGCAUCGAGAAUCCAGCUGAUACAGGCGCUCCCGGUACAUCGAAGCCGGGCAUGAACGGAUGCAUAUCCAAUUGUGGGAUGAAUAUCACCAACAAUGCUAAAGGGCCAGCGAGCUUCGCCCACGUCGCCUACUUCGAGGCCUGGAAUCAGGAUCGCCCAUGUUUGCAUAUGGAUGUCACAGAUAUCGACACCAAGAAGUAUACCCAUAUCCACUUUGCGUUUCCAAAUGUCACUGCUGGAGAUUUCAAAAUCGACGUCGGUACGUUAAAGGACCAAUUCGACAAGCUGAAGAAGAUGACUGGCAUCAAAAGGAUAGUGUCACUUGGCGGUUGGGCCUUCUCUGCGGAUGCACCAACCUACACCAUCUUUCGUCAGGCUGUCAGUCAAGCAAAUCGUGCUACAUUUGCAGACAAUGUGGUUGCUUUCGUAAACGAGUAUGACCUUGACGGUAUCGACUUUGAUUGGGAAUACCCUGGUGCCCAGGAUAUCACGCCUGUUCCCGGCGCCGCUGACGAAGGCACCAACUAUCUUGAGUUUCUGAAAUUAGUCAAACGUCGUAUGGGAAGCAAAUCAGUCUCGAUCGCAGCUCCUGCCUCGUAUUGGUAUUUGAAGGCGUUUCCAAUCAAAGAGAUGUCUAGUGUCAUUGACUAUAUCAUCUACAUGACCUACGACCUGCACGGACAAUGGGACUAUGGUAACAAAUGGUCAAGUCCUGGCUGCCCUGAAGGCGACUGCCUACGUUCGCAUAUCAAUAUGACCGAGACGGCUACUGCACUAGCUAUGAUCACUAAAGCUGGCGUUCCCUCGUACAAGGUUGUGGUUGGUAUAGCUAGCUAUGGACGCAGCUUUAAAAUGGCCGAAGAGGGUUGCACGAGCGAGAUGUGCAGAUACACAGGCAGUAGAACUGUGUCAGAUGCGAUGCCGGGACCUUGCACCGGAACGGGCGGCUACAUAUCUUCUGCGGAAAUUCGAGAGAUUUUGUGGAACAAAGAGCUUCUUGGAGUCAAGGAAUGGAGCGAUGACACCGAUACCGACUAUCUGGUGUACCAAGAUACGGAGUGGGUAGCAUGGAUGACCGAUGAGACCAAGCAAAACCGAAUCAACAAAUACACAAAACUCAAUUUCGGGGGAGUGUCGGACUGGGCUGUUGACCUCGACAAGGACUAUGGCGAUAGCGGCAUCGGUAACAACGGCGAAGACGACGACAACCAAAUGGGUGGUAAGAACUGCCCCCUCACCAAGGAAUACGCAGAUCUCGAAGCUCUAGCGAACGAUGGUGAUGUAUCGGACGACUGCAAGCCCGUUCUCGCCGUCAGCAUUCUUGAGAAGAUGCUGGAUGGUUCUAUAACCAAAUACAACAACGCGGACAAUGGCUACGACAAGAACUUUGAGGCUUAUCAACGAGUCAUCAAGAAGAGUGCCGAGGCAGCUUUCAAGAAAUUCGCGGACUGGGAGUUUGGCAACAUCCGAAAGUACACUGAUUGUGACUUUCAACGAUCUGGCGGGAAAGACAAGUACAGUGGUCCUUGCGAGGACUUGAUGAAAGAUGAUCCUUUGAUCUUUCAAGGUAAGAUGACUAUGAAGAUGACGAUCAGAGAUAGCGAUGGCUUCUAUGAUGCACUCGAAGCAGAAGCGGGCAUCAUCUCUGAUUGGAUCGAACUCGGUGAAUUCCACGAAGAGGUAAACGACUGCUCAAGUUGCCAAGGGCAACCCGCUUGCCUGUGCAUCUACAAAGACGUCACUGUCACUGGUAUACCUGUUCUCAAGAAGGAUUUUGGCAUCCCUGACCCUAAGGAGAUUAUCAAGAGCAUCGAUCUUGAAGCCACCAGAAAUGCCAUGUCUGCUCGCUUCUUCGAUAUCGUGGCAGGUAUAUGGGAUGGCUCCAACGGCGAUGUGGUUCAAGUCCUCUCAGUGCCAGUCUUUCUCUUCGCGCAAGCUGUGGACUCUAUGGAGGAAGCGAAAGAAAAAGGCGGAGAGAUCAGAGAAGAGGAGAAGAAAAAUCUCAUCAUUACGAUUAUCUCGGCCCUUCUUUUCUUGAUUCCUUUUGUUGGCGAAAUCGCAGCGAUUGCGGCGGGCGCAGCCACCGUCGCUCGCAUGAUUGCCAUGGCCGGAAUGAUUGGGAAUGCCGCUUUCACUAUCGCAGACGUAGUUGCCAAUCCGGAAAACGCGGCCAUGGCUAUUAUGGGGCUGCUAGGUGCUGGACGCGUCCGCAAACCUCGAGAUUUCGCAGAAUUGGGCGCCGCUCGGCGAGCGCAGACCAAGUACGACGUCAGCAAGAUGGGUGCAACAUUCAAGAAGCACGAUGAAUCUUUGCAGAAGGUACUCGGUAAUUGUCGCAAGGACGGUUCUAAAGAUGACGACAAUAACAACAACACAUGCAGACCAAAGAGAAGCUUGCUUGAGCUCAGUCUUGACACAAGCAAUGGUCGCUUUGAUUCACGACUUGCCCCGAUGAAUAUCAUUCAUGAAGUUCAUUACACAGAGGUUACUGCCCGGCUGCAACAAAGAGCUACCUCCUGCAAUAACGGACCCAUCACAAGGACAGACUCAACCACAACGACAAGCAUUUCUACGUUCAUGACGACGCCUCCAAUGACCUGCUCAGAGAAGUGGUCACAGGCAUGCUAUCACUAUAGUUCGGUGAUGAGCGUUCAUACAAACACGCCUGAUAUGGUUCGAUUCACGUGUUGGGCGACGUCAAGUACUAGUAAACACGGCAAGGCAACAGAUGACUGGGGUCUCUGGGGUAGUCGCCCAAGCGUGCCCAGGACAGCUCAGCAUCACUGGGAAUGGUCAAAAGAAUGGACCGAGUUCGACGAUUGCGAACGAGAUGAAUGGCCGCCGCGCUACUUCUGGGGGCAGAAUUCACAGAGUCCCAGGAAGAAGGCCGGACAAUUCAUCCGCUUGAUACCUCAACCUGACAAUGGCGGAGCGGGUGGGAUCUGGAGUGCGUUCUGUCCCAGCCACGAUGCGUGGAAAGACGCGGCCAAGAGGACAAUGAGAAAUGGCGCAGCCACGACAACGAGUUCGAGAGUCUCACAAAGGGUCGGAGGAGGUACAACAACAUACAUUACAAGCGUUGGUGUCGAAGUGCCCAACGCUGUUUUCGAGAUCAAACACUGGGAACACACAAGAUUGACCUCUCAUGCUGACGAUGGAUUGAGUGUUAAUCGAUGCUGGCCGAGCACUCUGGUACCUAACGAUCCCGGCUUCGCACUGCUCACCGACGAUCCAUGGUACCAAAAUCACGCAGCAGCCGCUAUCAGCACAUAUUUGUACAGUGCGGCGCCUCCUAACGCCGUGACAAGCGGCAAGUCGAAGUAUCGCACGCUGCCUAACCGACCCUGGAUUGCAGCCCGCUCAGUGCAAUUACUCGAUCUGGUGCUGGGCAAUGCUACCUCCCUAGCGCUAGGCCCACUUCCGUCUACUUUGGGACCAGACGAGUCUGACCAGGUAGUGCGUGCGCUCGACGUUGAUGAAGGCUCAUCCUCAGCAGCCUUAGGAAAUGCUUCUAUUGCGACGCGUUCACCAUCUACCACGCCUAGCGAGGUGAUGGCUCAGGCCUCUCUCGCGGGUGCCGUGGAAUACGUACAGCCAGCGACACCAGGAUCCCCGAUUUCUCUAGGAAUACAACCAACAGAUGUAUAA